ACGGGGAGCGUCUGUGUUUCCGAGCCGGCUCCCCCGACAACUUGUUGGAUUUUAUUCUGUGAAGUGUGGAGUUGGUGGUGUUGUUAAACAGUGACUGUUAGCCCGGUUAGCUAAUUGUGUUGAAGCUUCCAGGAGACACGAGGUGGCUCGAGCGUAGAGGAACUGUAAUGAGGACCAUGGAGUAACAAGCUUCAAAUUAGCAGCUAUCUGAUUAGCUCCUCACUGCAAACCACACCUUCCUCCAUCUAGUCCCCUCCAUCUGUGGGCCCCCCACCCAGCCAUGGCGGACCCAGGGAUGUUGAGUCUAUUUGGGGACGAUGCAGGGCUGUUCUCAGAUGGAUUAGAUGCUUUAGGAGGCUGCUUUCCUCAGCAGCCUGCCCCUGGCCAGUCCAACCCCCUAGCUCAGCAGACUAAUCCCUCUCUGAACCAUGAGCACCAGGGAAGCAGGGGUUACCACCAGGGGAUGAUCCAUGCCGCUGGGAGUGGCCCAGGGCAGCCUAAAUUGGGGCAAAUGUAUGACCAUGUCCCCUACACAGGCUACGAUCAAUCUGGUGCACCUGGAGGACGAAUGAUGGCCCAGAAUGGUCCCAGCCAGGGGCCACCAAAUGUGAAUGUGGCCAUGAAUGGCAUGGCUUCCCACUACCAUAAUAAUCCAGCUAACUCAAGUAACCCCCACCACGGGUACCCAGGAGAGGCUGGGGCAGGAGGAGGUGGGAGUGGAGUUUGGGGCCAGCAGCAGCAGCAGCAGCAGCAGCAGCAGCAGCAACAACAACAACAACAGAGCAGAUCAGCAUAUCAGCCGCCUCCAACACAACCAGGGGGUGGCCCCAAUCAGAUGGGAGGCUACCAGAUGUCUCAAGGCAACUAUGGUGGGAUGCAAGGCCCACCUACACCCAAUGCAGCUCGCAUGAACCAACACUAUCCGCCACAGAGCAUGGCACCACCACCUGCUCAGGACCCAUCUCACUACAUGGGACAUGUUGGAAUGGGAGGAGCCCAGAUGAGACACCCACAGCCCCAACCAACCCCCCAGGGCUAUCCCAACAUGGGUCACACACCCCAAUAUCCACACUCCCCCUCUAGACAGCCUCCGCAUACCCACCAGCACCAACAGGGUAUGGGUGGGUUUGGGGGAAGCCAGUACCCUGGGUAUCAGGCCCAGUAUGGAGCCAUUGGACCUGGGAUGGGCCAGAGUGCUAAUACUACCGUCAGUACUAACACCAGCCAGGCAUUGGGAACAGGGCAGCUUGGUCAGAGGUUUAACCAUGGAUCAGGCCCAGCAGCUGGGCAGCAGGGGCAGCGAUAUCCCCCGGCACCACCACACCAACCCCAGCCCCUUCCAACGCAUUCUGCCCCUAUGCAGCAGCAGACAGGGCAGCAGGGCCAGCCUAUGCACCCAUUAAACCACACUCAACACCCCCAGAAUGUGCCCCAGUCCCAAAAUCAACCCCAGUCCCACCUUGCCCCCCCAGCUCAGGGAUCUUACCCCUCCCCCGCAUCUAUGUCCCCCAUGCGGGUUUUGGGAACCCCAACCCCUCCUCCCCAACAGGGCAGACCCCCUAGUGCAGGACUAGCUGGGCCCCCAGAGGUUGCAGGGUACACAGCCCUACAGUCUCCACCCAAUGCUAUGCCCCAUCCACAGAGAACUUCGCAAAACCCUUUAUCUGCCCCUCAACACCAGCAGCCCCACAACAUGCCCCCCAAUGCAGGGCAGAUAUAUCCCAAUAUGGGGCCGCAGCGUGGUCAACAAAUGGGUCCAAAUAGGCCUCAGCAAGGACCUCAUGAAGCUCCAGUCAGCCAAGGGGGAGACCAGCGUCUACUCCAAGCACAGCAGCAGUCCUCACGAGGCGGGCAGCCCCUGCAGUCCGCUCCCAUGGGUUUCCAGGGUGCACCUGUCAGUCAACAUGGAGCUCCAGCCUCAAACCAGGGCUUGGCACCACCCUCCCAGAACGCUCAGACACAGCACACACACCUGCCCCCCCAGCACCUGCAGAGCACACCCCCCCAAUCUGCCCAGGGAUCCAACCCAUGGGCAUCCACGCCUACUGCCCCCCACCCACUCUCCUCACCCCCUCUUACUCCACAAAAAGUGCCUCACGUACAGCAUUCCCCCACAGACCCGUCAGGCGAUGCCUCAAUGAUGGUUCCUGAAAGGCCGACCGUUUGCGCUGGUGUGCCCAGCCAGCCAAUCAGCACAGAGCAGCCCAGCAACCAGGAGACCAAGCCAAAAAAGAAGAAGAAGAAAGCAAAAGUAGUGGAUGAAGAAGAAGAGGGAGGGAAGAAGGCAGCAAGAGGAAGCGCAGAGGCAGACUUAAAGUCGGAAUUUCAUAGAUCAGGAAGUGAGGCAGGUGAACAGGUUACUGGCACAGAAAUUGUAGACGGAUCUUCACCAACGGUGGAAGAGAAGAAAAAGCGGAAAAAGAAACCAAAGGAGAAGGCAGAGGGCAAGGAGCCCAAGACCCCUAAGACGCCCAAAACGCCCAAGACCCCCAAAGAGCCCAAGGAGAAGAAAGCAAAGAGCUCCAUGCCCAAGACCAAGACCCCCAAGAAAACAAGCAGUAAGAAGGUGGAGUCAGAGGUCGGGGCUGGCACAGCUAAGAAGGAUUCCAAGAGGAAGAGAGAGUCAUCAGUCAGCGAUGAUGUGGAGGUGAAGAGUCCACCACCAUCACCUCCUGAAGAUGAAGAUGAUGACGGUGUACAGGUAAAAGACCAAUACAAGGAAUCAUACCCUGGAGGCAUCAACCCUCUGCUGUUGAACAGUCUGUUUGGAGGGAUGGACCUGUCUUCUCUCCAGAGCCUCCAGUCUCUCCAGUUGGCUGCUGGUCUGAUGGCCUUUCCUCCCCCCACUGACCCCAAGCAGGCCGCUGCCAGCGCUGCUGCCGCCUCCAUGCUGCCCCUCAUGCUGCCUGGCAUGGGAGGCCUGCCCAACAUGUUCAGCUUAGGCAGUCUGUUUGGGGGUAACCUGGCAACAGCCACAGCUGCUGCAUCCAACGCCGCCAUCUCUGCCGCUGCGUCAGGGAACACAAACGGAACAAUGGAGGGAGAGAGUGCUGAGGCGUCCAUCAACGGUGAUGCUGCCGCCCUGCUGGCAGCAGCUGGCAUGUCCGCCAACUCUCUGGCAUUCAACCCCUUCCUCCUCUCCACCAUGGCCCCUGGCCUCCUCUACCCCUCCAUGUUCCUACCUCCAGGCCUCGGGGGGCUCACCCUGCCUGGCUUCCCCACCGCCUCCACGCUGGCAGAGCUGCAGAGUGCCAUGGCCGGAGUGCUGGGGGGCAACAACAUUUCCACAAACCCCCCUAGAGUUGAGGUGGAGAAACAGGCUGUGCUCUGCCAGAUCACUUGUCAUGGAUUUGCCCAGAUUAGUAAUUAUCCAGUCUUAUUGUUCAACAAACUCUACAUGAUGGUGAUGACAAUCGAGAUCCGCAAAGAUCUAGAUGUGGAUCAGAAGAAUCCCAUUAAACGGGCAAGCCUCUGA